AUGGCCCUGGAGGAGAAGCGAGAGAAGCGCCCGCCCGUCACCCCCAUGAUGAUCGAGGAGGAGGCCGCCUUGCGGAACGGCAGCCGGGGGCUGCCGCCGGGACCCUGGGCGGAGGCGGCGGGGCCAAGACCCCGCACCACGGAGCGGCACAUCGCCGUGCACAAGCGCCUGGUGCUGGGCUUCGCCGUCUCCAUCCUAGCGCUGCUGGCGGUGACCAUGAUCGCCGUGCUGCUCAGCGUCCGCUUCGAGGAGUGCGGCGCCGCCGCCGACGGUCCGCCGCGGGCCGGCGGCAACGGGAGCCUCUCGGGGGCAGCCCGGCAGCCGCCCGGUGCGGGGCAGCCCCCCGGCCGGCCGGACGAGGAAGAGACGCGGGGCGGGGAAGCGGCGGAGGAAGAGGAGGAGGAGGACGAGGACGAGGAGGAGUGGCAGCGGCGGCGGGAGCUGCCGCCCUGGGCCCGGCCGCGGCUUCCCCGGCACCUGCGGCCGCUGCACUACAACCUGAUGCUGAGCGCCUUCAUGGAGAACUUCACCUUCAGCGGGGAGGUGAACGUGCAGCUGGAGGUGCGUAACGCCAGCCGCUACAUCGUGCUGCACGCACACCGCAUGCACAUCGAGGCGGUCCGCGUGGCCGAGGACAAGCUGGCCGGCGGUGUGCGGGUGGCCCGCACCUUCUUCUAUCCCCAGACCCAGGUGUUCGUCGUGGUCCUCAACCGCAGCCUGGAGGUGCAGAGGAGUUACAACCUCAAGAUCAUCUACAACGCCCUCAUCGAGAACGAGCUGUUGGGCUUCUUCCGCAGCUCCUACGUCCUCCACGGCGAGCGAAGGUUUCUUGGUGUUACACAGUUUUCUCCUACUCAUGCCAGAAAAGCCUUUCCUUGCUUUGACGAGCCCAUCUACAAAGCCACAUUCAAAAUCAGCAUCAGACAUCAAGCAACUUACUUAUCUUUGUCCAACAUGCCAGUUGAAACUUCGGUUUUUGAAGAAGAUGGAUGGGUUACAGAUCACUUUUCACAGACCCCGCUCAUGUCCACCUAUUACCUGGCUUGGGCAGUAUGCAAUUUUACAUACAAAGAAACUGUCACCAAGAGUGGAGUAAUUGUACGGUUAUAUGCAAGGCCUGAUGCAAUCCGAAGAGGAUCAGGGGACUACGCUCUAAAUAUUACAAGGAGACUCAUUGAGUUUUAUGAAGAUUACUUCAAAGUGCCCUAUUCCCUGCCAAAAUUAGAUCUGUUGGCUGUGCCUAAGCAUCCAUAUGCUGCUAUGGAAAACUGGGGACUGAGUGUUUUUGUGGAGCAAAGGAUACUGCUAGAUCCAAGCAUUUCUUCUAUUUUAUACCUACUGGAUGUCACCAUGGUCAUUGUACAUGAGCUAUGUCAUCAGUGGUUUGGUGACCUUGUGACUCCAGUUUGGUGGGAGGAUGUGUGGUUGAAAGAAGGUUUUGCUCACUAUUUUGAAUUUGUUGGGACAGAUUACCUCUACCCAGGGUGGAACAUGGAAAAGCAGAGAUUUCUGACAGAUGUCCUACAUGAAGUGAUGUUGCUGGAUGGGUUGGCCAGUUCACAUCCAGUGUCCCAGGAAGUGCAACAAGCCUCAGACAUUGACAGGGUGUUUGAUUGGAUUGCCUAUAAAAAGGGUGCAGCUCUGAUUCGAAUGUUGGCUAACUUUAUGGGUCACUCUGUGUUUCAGAUGGGCUUACAAGACUAUUUAACCAUUCACAAGUAUGGCAAUGCAGCCAGAAAUGAUCUCUGGAACACACUGUCAAAGGCUUUAAAAAGGGUUGGAAAAUCUGUAAAUAUCCAAGAGGUAAUGGAUCAGUGGACACUACAGAUGGGUUAUCCUGUUAUCACUAUCUUGGGAAAUGAAACUACAGACAGCAUCAUAGUCAUCUCCCAAGAGCGUUUUGUUUAUGAUAGUGAUACUAAACCCAAGGAUCCUGGCCGUGGGGACAACAGCUACUUGUGGCAGAUUCCAUUAACAAUUGCAGUAGGAAAUACGAGCCACAUCUCAUCAGAGGCAAUUAUAUGGGUGUCUAACAAAUCAGAGCACCACAGGAUUCCUGCUUUGGAAGAGGCAAGUUGGUUGCUGGGGAACAUCAACCAGACUGGCUACUUUAGAGUUAAUUAUGAUAUUAGAAAUUGGAGGCUGCUAAUUAAUCAGCUAACAAGGAACCAUGAGGUUAUCUCUGUCAGUAAUCGAGCAGGCUUGAUUGAUGAUGCAUUCAAUCUAGCCAGAGCUGGUUAUUUGCCUCAGAAUAUUCCUUUGGAGAUUAUGAGGUACCUUUCAGAGGAAAAAGAUUUCCUGCCGUGGCAUGCUGCCAGCCGAGCUCUUUAUCCUCUGGACAAACUGCUGGACCGUACAGAAAGCUACAACAUCUUCAAUGAAUAUAUUUUAAGACAAGUGGCAUCAAUGUAUCUGAAGCUUGGAUGGCCAACAAACAAUUUAAACAAAUCACUUGUUCAAGCAUCAUACCAACAUGAAGAGUUGCGUCGGGAAGUCAUCAUGUUGGCCUGCAGCUUUGGGAACAAACACUGUCACCAGCAGGCUGCAACAUUAAUCUCUGACUGGAUUUCUAGCAAUAGGAACCGAAUCCCUCUCAAUGUGAGAGACAUUGUCUACUGUACAGGAGUUUCACUGAUGGAUGAAGAUGUAUGGGAGUUCAUUUGGAUGAAAUUUCACUCUACCACAGCAGUCUCUGAGAAGAAAAUACUGUUAGAAGCCUUAACUUGCAGUGAUGACAGAAACUUGCUCAACAGACUUUUGAAUUUGUCUCUCAACUCAGAAGUUGUCCUGGAUCAGGAUGCAAUUGAUGUGAUAAUCCACGUAGCUCGAAAUCCACACGGAAGGGAUCUUGCUUGGAAAUUUUUCAGAGAAAAAUGGAAAAUACUAAAUGCUAGGUAUGGAGAAGCAUUAUUUAUGAAUUCAAAGCUUGUCAGUGGGGUCACGGAAUUCCUCAAUACUGAAGGAGAACUAAGAGAGCUAAAGAACUUUAUAAAGAGUUACGAAGGGGGAGCUGCUGUCUCUUUCUCUCGCGCUGUGGAAACAGUGGAAGCCAAUGUGCGGUGGCAAAGGCUUUAUAAGGAAGAACUGUUCCAGUGGCUAAGAAAAUCCUUGACACAGUAA